AUGGAACAAAAAUUCGUUUCCAUUGGAAGGUCAUUAGUCACUGUAGUUCCUAUCAAUGCUAACAUGUCAAUUAUAAACAACGUCGGUAUAAUCGAUAUACCUUCAGUUUAUGUUAAUUCUACAUCCGAAAAGUAUGAUAAAAAACUAAUCAUUAGCUAUGUGAUCAAGAUUAUCGACGCGACAAAAUUUUCAGCUAAACUGGACGUCAACGUAGGUGUCUAUGUGGUCACCAGUCGAGUCAACCUUUCUCCGAUUCCUGCUUCAUCUCCUGCCCAACUGGCUAAAGCUCAGAUACCUUACUGGGCAAUUGGAACUUUAGCAACCUCACGUAGUAAUACUAGCUUGAUGCUUGGUGCAUUUAACUUACUAUCAUUCAACAUCGUUAUACAACCACAAGCGAGACAAUCAUAUAAGAUUCAGGUUUACAUUUUGCAACUUUUGAAUAUCGUAACUUUAAUGGAGCCGAAAAUACUUGAUGUCGGUAGCGCUGUUUGUACUUUUGAUUUUCAAACAACUGUAAGCGCCACGAAUUUGGAGAUAAAUAUGGGUCCUCAAUACUUUGAAAGUAAUGAAACUAUGACAAAUUCGAGAAGUGAAAAAUCAGCAAUUAAUUUUCUUGUGCCUCUAAAUGUGAAUUUACUGGCAUCUUCUUUUGUUACUGUACGGUUCACCCUGUUCUAUGGAACACAAAAUGUUCAAACUUACGUAAAUGUGAAUGUUCUCAAAAAUGAGGCACGCGUACCGAGCUCGUCACUCAGCUAUCAGGUAGAUGCUGCCAGUUUUCAUGAAAGGCCAAGUGAGCGUAAAUAUCCAGCAGUACCUGGACAAGUUGUUCGCUUUCACUACAUAAUUAGCCUGCCGAAUACUAUGUGUGCAAGAUUUCAAAUUAUGUUUUCACUAUCCUCUAACUCAUGGGCUGUUGAUAUGUUAGGUGCAACGGUUUUGAGCUACAGUGAAUAUAUAUGGUUUAGUAGUGGUGUUAAUCCUAUCAUAGAUACAUUCGAUGGGAUAGUGGCAGUGGAUAUGGGAACGAUAUGCGUGCCCGAGACAUUUGACAAUCAGAUUCGUCUUGAUCUAUUUGUCCGUCCACAAAUUAAUUUUGUAAGCAGUGUUAGUGGAAACAAAACGGUAUUAAUCGUUGGAGAACUUUCAGUCAGUACUAUCGGUUCAUUAUAUUUGCCAGUAGGCAGUUUUGUCGUAAAUCCAGAAUAUACAAUGGAAGAAAGCAUGGUGAAAGUCGCCGCAAUUCCAGACGACAGUUAUAAACCUAAGGUCAGAAUUACACCAACUGGAAGUUUGUUUCUACUAGGUACUUGGAGACGAAUUGCAUUAAUGUCCAAGUCCCUUUCGCUGCUUAUUUGCCUAAUUCAUCCAUCGUUAUUGGAGGAGCUAAUGAUAGCGUUGAAAAGAUAUCAGUUUUCACUGUAA